UGACGCUAUUUUCGCUCUGUAGUGUAAUGAGUUGUGUAAUGAGAAAUGCGUAAGACAAGAAGUUGCCGCAACUGUCAAUAGAGUAGUUAUUUUUUUUAAUAUUUAGUAGUUUUUGUUUACGGGUGUGAGUUGCAGUUUAGUUUCAGUGAUGAAUGACGUAGUUCUCGAUGUAAACAUCGCAAGCGGCUACAACAGCAUUUCGGCAUCAAUUUCGCACUACAUAUUUCCAAUUGCGUCUUGUGUACCAUAAAUGACAUCUUCAUAACCUAAAAAUCUUACAGACAGAAACGUCAAUUCAACAUGUGUUAUCUUCGUCAAAGGGGUGAUUCAGAACUGCCUUCCUGCAGCGGCGCGUCCCCGAACCUUGCGGCCGACGACGCGCUCCCUUCUUUCCCGACCGACGGACGCCCCCCGCUGGACACCGAAACGCGGCGCCGACCCUUGCACCCCAGCCCAAGCUCACGGGUGACCGAACCGUGA